CCAACUCCCUACGGGGAGCUGUGUACAUCUGCCCAUCUGGGGGAUCGUUUGUCCCCGCCUGACUGGGGUAUUCUGUCUGUAUAGGGGGUCCCCCUGCAGCAGGUGGCACUGAGUGCUCCCCGCCCACCUACCCCAGAGGCCGCGCCUGCGGUUCCCGAGGCGGCCGCGGGACGGCAGCCAUGCGCCCGUGCCCGCGGUGCUUCACCCCACCUUCCCUGCCCCAUCUUCAGCGCGCUCUGGCCGCGGGCACGCGGGCAGGCGUGCGCUCCAGCCAGGGAGCCCCUACGUGUCUUCGUGAGGCUGCCUCCUCGCCGCCUGGUUUCUUUGGCCCAGCUCCCCCGGGGCCGCAGUGGCGGAAGCCGGACCGGAACCAGGCGCCCUGUGCAUCCGCUCCAGACCAGGUGCUUCCUGCCCUGCGGCCCAGGGGCUGUGCGCUCAGCGGCUGCUGCCCAGACACCAGUGGGGAGGAGGGGCUGCAUCUCCCCUUCCCCCCAGCCCCAGAGUGAAGGGUUAGAAUUCUGGGGCAGGAUCCCCUCUCUGCCUAAAAGGAAGCUGAUCUGAGACCUCACCUUGUAGGGUUAACUCACACGCUUAAAGCCUCAGCUCUAGCUCCCCGGGAAAGCAGUGGGGCUGUGCAUUGUGGAGACCUGGGCUUCACCCCAUUCCUUAGAGGGUGGUGGCAGUGUCAGUGCUGGGUCCCUGCCUGGGGACUCCUGCAGUCACCCAGAUAUACAGGGAGCAAAGCAUGCCUGACUCAGGUGGGUGGCAGUCGUGUGGUUGCUGCUGCCUCGCUGGCUGUGACCAGAGCUUGUGCCUUUGUGAAGUUUUAGGGGAAUCUUAAAUUUCACUCUGCAGGUGCUGGGGGGUGUGGGCUAGGGACCACAAAGUUGGGGCUAUGUGAUCCUGUGGCCAAAAGGCCCAGAGGUGUGGGGACCCUUUGAGGGGUCUACUGGAAGGUCACACCAGCCCUGGCACCCUAGGAAAUGCUACACUCCCCCUCCCCCACAGCUGCAGCACUUCCUCUCACCUUCCUGUGCCUGGAAACGUUGUGGAUAGCACACUGAGGGCCCAGGACACCUGCCCAGGCUGGACACCCAAGUGUAGACUGUUAGAACUGUACCCCCUCCGGUGCCCCACUCCCGGAUGGGGAUGGCGGAGAGGCCGGGAGGGGCUCUGUAAAAAGAGGAACCAGGCAGGGUGAGGAGAAGGAGGGGGCCCCUGGUCAUGCGGCCCCAGCGGGGCGGAAAGGGCCCUCCCUCCCCAUCAGCACCGACACUCGGACAGGGGGUGUUCUAAACCAGAGGACAGACCCAGAGGCUUCCCUGCCUCAGUUUACCCGCUGCGUGCAUCCGGGCGCUUCCCCCGGGGUUGCGCCCUGAGGCCAGGGUCCCCAGAGGGCCUGGGCCCCUACAGUGCCCCGGGGAGCGGAAGGUGAGGACCUGAGGGGUGACGGCCCCGAGUCCUGCCCGCGCCGGCCGGGGGCGUGGCCGGGAGGCCCGCGCUCCGAGAUCCCCGCCCGCCCGCUUCCUCCGGGGUCAGCCCGGCUCCUUAUCAGGCGCGGCCAGGCGGCCAGGCCCUUAUCUGCGCCGGGCCAGCAUCCUCCGGCCGCUGGUCCGGGGGUGAGAAGGAGGAAACCGGGCCGCCGGGGGCGGGGAGAGGGCGGGCCCGCCCGGGAGCCGCUCGCUUUCCCUCGGGGGACCCACGCCACCACCGCGGGCCGCGGCGGCCCUCUGGAGCCCGGGAGGGGGAGGAGGCGCGGCCCCACGCCGGGCGGAGCGGGCGGCCUGCAGCGCAGAGGCCGGACCUGAGCCGGACAGCCGAGCGUGGCCUGACGCUGGAAACUGCAUCCUGGCCCAGACUGCCAGCCCUGACGGGACAGAGCCAGGGCACUCACCAGGCUGCGGGAACAGCGAAGGGGUGAGCACCCCCACCUCGGGGUCCAUGUGCCCGCCCCAGGCCCAGGCAGAGGUGGGCCCCACCAUGACUGAGAAGGCAGAGAUGCUGUGUGCCCCCAGCCCGGCGCCCGCCCCGCCCCCUAAACCUGCCUCACCUGGGCCCCCACAGGCAGAGGGGAUGGGCCACCGAAGCACCUCACCCCCCAGGCUGCCCCCUGGUGUGCCAGUGAUCAGCCUGGGCCACACCAGGCCCCCAGGGGCAGCCUUGCCCACCACAGAGCUGAGCACCCUGCGACCCCCCCUGCUGCAACUCUCCGCCCUAGGCACCGCCCCGCCUGCUUUGGCCCUACAUUACCACCCUCACCCCUUCCUCAACAGUGUCUACAUUGGACCGGCAGGACCUUUCAGCAUCUUCCCUAGCAGCCGGCUGAAGCGGAGACCAAGCCACUGUGAGCUGGACCUGGCUGAAGGGCACCAGCCCCAGAAGGUGGCCCGGCGCGUGUUCACCAACAGCCGCGAGCGCUGGCGGCAGCAGAACGUUAACGGUGCCUUCGCCGAGCUCAGGAAGCUGCUGCCAACGCACCCGCCCGACCGGAAGCUGAGCAAGAACGAGGUGCUCCGCCUCGCCAUGAAGUACAUCGGCUUCCUCGUGCGGCUGCUGCGCGACCAGGCGGCCGCCCUGGCCGCAGCCCCCACCCCGCCCGGGCCCCGCAAACGGCCGGCGCACAGAGGCCCGGACGACGGCGCCCGCCAGGGGUCGGGGCGCAGGGCCGAGGCGGCCGCGAGCUCGCAGCCCGCGCCGCCGGCCGAUCCCGACGGCAGCCCGGCCGGGGCGGCCCGGCCCAUCAAGACGGAGCAGGCGGCUCUGAGUCCCGAGGUGCGGUGACCCCGCGCGGCGACGCCUCCGAGCCGGAGGGCAUCGGGGACUCAGCCCGGGGCCGUCGGGGAAGGGGCCGGCGAUGUGCUGCGCCUGCUUGGGAGCGAACGCGCCCGAAGAGGGACCAGUGAGGACGUCCCCGACGGGGCAAGGUUUCAAGGCUCUGAGAGGGUGAUUGUCGCGCCCAGGGGCCCCGCAGACCCUUUUUUAAGAGCCGCCCACCGCCCGCUGGAAGUGGCUGUGUUCCCUUCCCAGAGGCGAGGUCGGUGAACCAACAUGGUAGAACGGUCAUUGGACCCAAGUGCUGUCUCUUUUUUUCCCCGGCUGGGGUCGCAGCGGUGGUGGCGGUGGGGGUGUCGGGGAAGGGCUGAGGAGCCUUCGCCCUUCUCACCGGCGCCCCCUCCCGGAAGCCCAGGGACGGACGCUCCCCGGCGCCUAGACAGAAGCGCGGUCGCCGCCGCAGAGAACGCGCCGCACCGGUCCCGCACGGUCGCGUUAGCGAAGGCUCAGGCGCGCUUGCUUUUGUUUUUCUUUAUUUCUUUAUUUCACAUACACAUUAGCCAUUCAAUGGAGAAGCCGGAGAGAGUCAGGCAAAGAUGCCCUCCCACCGAAACCGAGAACGAACGACGAAACAAAUAAAAACCCCAGAUCAUCCUCGUCAACGCAGGAAAACGACUUAAAAAAAAAAAACCUGAAAACGAACAAAAAAAAAAAAAA